AAUUUUUUUUUGCAAAUUCCGAAAUUCUUCAGCGAAUAGUCCAGAAGUAAAGCGGAUUAUUCUUGUUUAUUCUUGCCAUGUCAUAUACAUGAAGGAUUCUGGGGGGUAUAAAAAGGGCUAAACGGAAAGUAGGAAUCACACUUCUUCGAACGAAGUCUCCCAAGUACGACAUGAAGACCGCUAUUUUGGCUUUUUUACUCUUUUUCGUGGCUCUGGCCCACGCUCUGCCAGUUCAGGAUGAGCAGCUCGACGAGCAGCUGACUGACUACGUUUUACAGCAAGCUGCGGAUGGAAUUUUGGUGCGGGAAGUGAGGGCUGCUGACUCCCAAUUUGGCUUUGGCGGCUACAGACCUCAUCAUGGUCACCAUGGCUACCACGGCCACCACGGAUACCCUGGACACCAUGGAUACCAUCAAGGCCACUAUGGUCACCAUGGCCAUUACCACGGACACUACUACUGAUAAAAAUUGUUCUUAGUUGUAUCCUUUAAGUUCCUCGUGUAGAAUAUUUUGU